CGAGAUGUCCGAUUAUAUGAAUGGUAAGGACCGCGAAGAUCAUGUGGUUCUUCUUGUGCAUUUUGGCACGGUAAACAUCUAUCAAGAAAAAGUUGGCCUUACCAAUAUGUUUGAAGCAAGUCGUCUUUUCAUGAAUUCUGAUAUUGAUGAGAUAAGAGAGUUCAAAGAAAGGUAUGUGGAGAAGGAGUUUUCUCAGUCGUCUUCCAGUAAACACUCAUGUUCUCAAGUGAUAUCCAAUGUUGAAGAACAGUUUCUAAAUGCUGGUGACUUUGUGUACAAUGCUUUCAUUUCUUCCAUUGAAGUGGAAAAGAAGGUUGUCAUCGUUGGUACUGUUAUUGCAAUAUCAAAUAAUAAGCCUUGGUACUAUUUAGCAUGCAAUCAUUGUAAGAAACAAAUUGAAGAGAGAUCUCAGCUGGUUGAAAAAGAGGACGGCAGCUUUGACGUUUUAGAUCAGAAUAUCAUUGAGUGUACAAACGGUGAUUGCGAGGCUGCUGACAUUACCCCUAUUCAUCGGUAUAAUAUAUAUUUUUUGUUUACUGGUUUUUUUAAUCAUCCAUAA